CCGAGGUAUUGAUUGGUUGUACUCUUUACACCUCGGGAACGACGCCGCCAAGGCCGCGGAGCUUCGUGUGUUGCCUCAUAAAACCCCGAAGGGAGAAUAGGAGGGAUUUUUUCUCGCGUACGAGAUGGAGCUAACCUACCAAACGUUGAAAUCUACUUAUCAGGCCAAAGAGGCGGAAGAGAUGCGAUCAGAAGCCCGUCGAAAAAACCUCCUCAUUCUGAUUUUACAUUAUUUAAUGGAUGAAGGUUAUGUCGAUGCUGCAAACGCAUUGGAGCAAGAAACGAAGCUGGGCUUGCGGCGCUUUGAAGUUUGCGACAAUGUUGACCUUGAGACUAUUUUGAUGGAAUACGAAAGCUACUACUAUGUCAAAUUCCAGAAGUACCCAAAGAUUACCAAAAAAGCCUUAGACACCACAGACAACAAAUCAAGAACUGGAGGAAAACAAAAAAGGGCAACAAGCAGCACAUGUCGGAAUCUUCCUAAGAUUCACCCAGCAAGUCAGAGGCCAGUUUCGAAAAGUAUUUCUCGUAGGAUGGUCGAGCCAAAACAUUCCAGCAAGGAUAGUCCUAAAGAGGAGAGUGAAGAUGCUUUUGCCCGGGUGCCAUCUGAGUUUGGUUUAAACGUGUCCGCAAUCCAGAAAGGGAGUGGAGAAGGCGCUCAUCCUAGGAGGGGCCAAAUCAUUGAUUUUCGUGGGAUGAUUCAGGAUGCGAUCAAAGGAGCAUCAAAUGAAAUUGCCGUGAACAGCCUUAACUGCAAUCCAGAUCCUUCAGAACGGUUAUUAAAGCCUCUGGGCGCCUUUAUUGGGAUGACUGGUGAAAUGAGAGAACUUGCGACGGUUGUGAGCAGGGAUAUCUACCUCCACAACCCGAAUGUAAAGUGGGGCGAUAUCAUUGGCCUCGAUGCAGCCAAGCGGUUGGUCAAGGAAGCUGUUGUGUACCCAAUCAGGUAUCCACAACUGUUUACUGGCAUCCUCUCUCCAUGGAAAGGACUAUUGCUCUAUGGGCCCCCAGGUACUGGGAAGACUUUGCUAGCCAAAGCUGUUGCCACUGAAUGCAACACAACCUUCUUCAACAUCUCGGCAUCCACCAUCGUCAGCAAAUGGAGGGGGGAUUCAGAAAAGCUUGUGAAAGUGUUAUUUGAACUUGCCCGCUACCACGCCCCCUCCACGAUCUUCCUGGAUGAGCUGGAGUCCGUCAUGAGCCAACGAGGCACAGCCCUAGGCGGUGAACACGAAGGAAGCCGGAGGAUGAAAACGGAAUUACUGGUGCAGAUGGAUGGCCUUGCCCGGUCAGAUGAUCUUGUCUUUGUUUUAGCGGCUUCCAACCUGCCCUGGGAACUGGAUUACGCAAUGCUGCGCCGGCUCGAGAAGAGGAUUCUGGUGGACCUCCCGAAUAAAGAGGCAAGGCAGGCGAUGGUCCAGCACUGGCUUCCUUCCGUGAGCAACAGCGGCGGAGUAGAACUGAGGACGGAGCUAGACUACAGCUUACUCAGUCAGGAGAUGGAAGGAUACUCUGGUUCCGACAUCAAGUUGGUCUGCAAAGAAGCUGCUAUGCGCCCCGUGAGAAAGAUCUUCACUGCUCUUGAAAAUCAUCAGCCAGACAGCGGGAGCUUACCUGUAAUUGAACUGGACACAGUCACCACUGAAGACUUCCUGGAUGUGAUCACUCACACGAAGCCCUCUGCUAAGAACUUGAGCCAAAAAUACACCGAGUGGCAAAAAGAAUUUGAGUCCGUCUGAACUCCACCCCCUAACAAGUCAAGAUUUCAACCAUCCAGAUCCCAACGAAUUUCUGGGAGCCAGAGACUGAAUACUUAACAUUAAAAUGGAUAUUAUUUUUCCUUUCUAAGAGAAACAGAACAAUCCAUUCUCAAAGGUGCACGCUAAUAUUUUCUUUUAAAGAACUGAGAAGGGGCUUGGCGGUUGUUUGCUAUCGAGCCCCUCUUCCCUCCCCUGCCUUUACUAAUAGGCAAUGGGAAACAUUUUUGCACAUUUAUGCCUGAAAUCCAUUUAAUUGUAAUAUCCUCUUACAUGCACCGCCUGACAUACACAUAUCCCUGCGCUGACACCUAGGAUCCACAGCACACUGGCACCACAAGUAUUUUGCUGCUGGCGCUCCCCUCUUCAGAGGAACAAGGACAAUAUUCGCAAUACCAGAAGAGGUGGUGGUUAGUUGGACUUCUCAGCGAUCCUUGUAUUAAAAGCAACAGGUGUUGAGCAGGACUUGCAACGAUGAAGAAUAAACUACUGGUCCUCUUUGAGGGAUGCAUUCCUGGA